GCUAGGGAUGCGGGAUGCCCGAUGCCCCAAGUGGGAGGAGCUCUGCUCUGGAGGCGGUCCGCUCCUCUUUAUGCCCCGCCCAUCGCUCUCUGCUCCAGCGAAUCCUGAGGCUCGCCCACCAGCAGCACUGUCUAUCAUUGGCCUACAGGGACGCCCAUUGCCGCCCAGCCCAGCCCGUAGCCCAGCCCACAGACCCUCUCUGCUGCCACCUGGUGGCCAAACAACAGGACGACACGUCCUCUCCUCCUUCCUUUAKUGACUGUUGGAGCCGUAGUGGAGCCACACGUCAGACUGACUGGAAGACACCAGGUGGUCCAGGCUGUUGCUGUAUGCAGCGCUGCAGMCUGCCUCCUGUCUGUUUCUGCCUCCAYAGACUCCACUGCCUGUCCUGCCAGAGCCUGUCCCUGGGACACAUUYCCACUGGGGUUCGCUCCUCCUCUUCUCUCUGCACUUUCACSUCCUCCGCCUCUCUUUCAUCCUCCGCUCUGUGCACRAACCCCUCAGUCUGUCCCGUGGCCUCUGUCUGUUGCUCCAACCCCCAGCCCUGCGCCUCCUGCUGCUCAGAACACACCUACCUGGCCCCGGUCAGACACACAGCCCCGGGAGGAGGAAGCGAGUGCCCCGUCCUCAAGAGAGAGAGAUCCCGCACCCCCUCUCCUCCCCCUCUCUCCCCCAUCCCCUCAGACAUGGACGGAAAGGAGGAAGACAAGCCUCCCUCUCUUCUGCAGCAGGAGGGGGYYAYAGAGGAGGKGGCUGGGUGUGGUGGYGAGGUGGGCGAGGACAGGGAGCAGCAGGACCUGGUGGAGCGAUUCAGUGACAAACUAAAGACAAUCAGACCCCAGGAGAAGGAUCCCCCCCUCAGCUCUGCCUCAGCCAAUCACAACCUAGAGAAGGAUCCCCACCUGACGACCUCGGCCAAUCAGCACAUAGCAGAGUCCCGGGCCGACGCCCACCUGAGUGAGAUCAUCACCACCGUUCUGAACACGGGUGGCGGCAGCGACUACAGCCUAAACGACAUGUUGCAUCACCAUGACAACAACGAGAGCCAGCCGCCUCGGACGCGUUCCCGACGGCGACAGGAGGCCAUGACGACUCUGCCCGACCAGUCGUCCACCCGGCGCCAGACCGUGCUAAUCAAACGGGAGCUGGCCAGGCUGAACCAAUCGCUGGGCAGGAGGCUGUCGCUAGGGAAGAACAAGAGCCGCAGUGCCAAGCCCUUUUCUACCUGCUCCUCACCUGAACCAACCCCUGUUACAGCAGAGAUGGACAGAAU